GUGGCUACGAUGAGGGGCGGUGGCCGGGCGGCGGGAGAUUCAAACCUGGAAGAAGGAGGAACAUGGAGGGGAGAGGAACGGGCCCGGGCCGGGCGACCUAUGAACGCCUCACAGCUGAGGAAAUGGAUGAACAGAGGCGGCAGAAUGUCGCCUAUGAGUACCUGUGCCGGCUGGAGGAAGCCAAGCGCUGGAUGGAGGCCUGCCUGAAGGAGGAGCUUCCUUCCCCUGUGGAGCUGGAGGAGAGCCUCCGGAACGGAGUACUGCUAGCCAAGCUGGGCCACUGUUUUGCACCCUCUGUGGUUCCCUUGAAGAAGAUCUAUGACGUGGAGCAGCUACGGUACCAGGCAACUGGCUUGCAUUUCCGUCACACAGACAACAUCAACUUUUGGCUGUCUGCAGUAGCCCACAUCGGUCUGCCUUCGACCUUCUUCCCAGAGACCACGGACAUUUAUGACAAGAAGAACAUGCCCCGGGUGGUCUACUGCAUCCAUGCACUCAGUCUCUUCCUCUUCCGGCUGGGAUUGGCCCCUCAGAUACAUGAUCUAUAUGGGAAAGUGAAAUUCACAGCUGAGGAACUCAGCAACAUGGCCUCUGAACUAGCUAAAUAUGGCCUCCAGCUGCCUGCCUUCAGCAAGAUCGGGGGCAUCCUGGCCAAUGAACUCUCGGUGGAUGAGGCUGCAGUCCAUGCAGCUGUUCUUGCCAUCAAUGAGGCAGUGGAGCGAGGAGUGGUCAAGGACACUCUGGCUGCCUUGCAGAAUCCCAGUGCUCUGCUGGGGAAUCUUCGAGAGCCUCUGGCAGCCAUCUACCAGGAGCUGCUGGCCCAGGCCAAGAUGGAGAAGGCUGCCAAUGCCAGGAACCGCUUUUUGCAGAAUGAUGGAGAAAGCCAGGACAUCUAUGACUGCUACCUAACUCAGGCUGAAAUCCAGGGCAACAUCAACCAUGUCAAUGUCCAUGGGGCUCUAGAAGUUGUUGAUGAUGCCCUGGAAAGACAGAGCCCUGAGGCCUUGCUUGAGGCCCUUCAAGACCCUGUCCUGGCCCUGCAAGGAGUGAGCAGAGACUUUGCAGACUGGUACCUGGAACAGCUGAGCUCAGACAGAGAGCAGAAAGCACAGGAGCUGGGCCUGGUGGAGCUUCUGGAAAAGGAGGAGGUCCAAGCUGGUGUGGCUGCAGCCAACAUAAAGGGUGAUCAGGAGCAAGCCACUUUGCCCACUGCCAGGCCUCUGGUCCUCUGGAUUACAGUUCUCCCACGUUUUCACCAGUGGAAAGCAGAUGAAAAUAUCCUGCAGAGCUGCCUCAAAUGCCUCCUCCUCUUGCUCCAGGCUGUGCAGAGGAUCAACAAAGCCAUCCGGAGGGGCGUGGCAGCUGACACCGUGAAGGAGCUGAUGUGCCCGGAAGCCCAGCUGCCUCCAGUGUACCCCUUUGCAUCAGCUGUGUACCAGCAGGAGCUGGCAGUGCUCCAGCGGCAGCAGCAGGGGGAGCUUGGCCAGGAGGAGCUCUUCGUGGCCGUGGAGAUGCUCUCAGCCGUGGUCCUGAUCAACCGAGCUCUGGAGGCCAGGGAUGCCAGCAGCUUCUGGAGCAGUCUGGUGAACCCCGCCACAGGGCUGGCCGAGGUGGAAGGAGAGAAUGCUCAACGGUACUUUGAUACUCUGGUGAAGCUGCAACAGGUGCAUGGAAUGGAUGGGGCCUUCCUGAGCUGGAAUGAUCUUCAGGCCACCGUGAGUCAGGUCAACGCCCGGAUCCAGGAAGAGACCAAUCAGGUCCUUGCGGUCAGCCUCAUCAAUGAGGCUCUGGAACAGAACAACCCUGAAAAGACCCUCUCCUCCCUUCUGCUUCCUGCGGCUGGCCUGGACGAUGUCAGCCUUCCUGUUGCCCCUCGGUACCAUCUCCUCCUCGUGGCGGCCAAAAAGCAGAAGGCCCAGGUGACAGGGGAUCCUGGAGCUGUGCUAUGGCUGGAAGAGAUCCGCCAGGAAGUGGUUAGAGCCAACCAGGACACAAACACAGCUCAGAGGAUGGCUCUUGGUGUGGCCGCCAUCAAUCAGGCCAUCAAGGAGGGCAAGGCAGCCCAGACAGAACGGGUGUUAAGGAACCCCUCCGUGGGCCUCCGAUGGGUGGUUCCUGACUGUGCUGAUGGGUACCAGCGAGUCCUGGAAGAUGCCAUGGCAAAGAAGCGGCGCCCAGGGGAUACAGCGCUCUGGGUUCAACAUGACAUGAAGGAUGGUACCGCCUACUACUUCCAUCUGCAGACCUUCCAGGGGACCUGGGAGCGACCCCCCAGCUGCCGCCUCAACACCUCCCACCUGACUCGGGAGGAGAUCCAGUUGGUCGUCACCAAGAUCACCGCUGCCCACGACCGCCAACAGCUCUGGAAGGCCAAUGUGGGCUUCAUUAUCCGGCUCCAGGCCCGCCUCCGCGGCUUCCUCGUUCGGCAGAAGUUUGCUGAACGUUCCCACUUUCUGAGGACCUGGCUCCCAGCAAUCAUCAAAAUCCAGGCUCAUUGGCGGGGUUACAGACAGCGGAAGAUUUACCUGGAACGGUUGCAGUAUUUAAAAGCAAACACGAAUGCUGUAAUCAAGAUCCAGGCUUGGGCCCGGAUGUGGGCAGCUCGGAGGCGAUACCGGAGGCGUCUGGGCUACUUCCAGAAGAAUGUUAACUCCAUCGUGAAGAUCCAGGCAUUUUUCCGAGCCAGGAAAGCCCGGGAUGACUACAGGAUGUUAGUCCGCGCGCCCCAUCCCCCUCUCAGCGUGGUACGCAGAUUUGCCCACCUCUUGAAUCAAAGCCACCAGGACUUCUUGGCUGAGGCAGAGCUGCUGAAGCUCCAGGAAGAGGUGGUCAGGAAGAUCCGGUCCAAUCAGCAGCUGGAGCAGGACCUCAAUCUCAUGGACAUCAAGAUUGGCCUGCUGGUGAAGAAUCGGAUCACCCUGCAGGAAGUGGUCUCCCACUGCAAGAAGCUGACCAAGAAGAAUAAGGAACAGCUGUCAGAUAUGAUGGUUCUGGACAAGCAGAAGGGAUUAAAGUCGCUGAGCAAAGAGAAACGGCAGAAACUAGAAGCUUACCAACACCUCUUCUACCUGCUCCAGACUCAACCCAUCUACCUGGCCAAGCUGAUCUUUCAGAUGCCGCAGAACAAAACCACCAAGUUCAUGGAAUCAGUGAUUUUCAGUCUAUACAACUAUGCCUCCAACCGCCGAGAGGCCUAUCUCCUGCUCCAGUUGUUCAAGACAGCACUCCAGGAGGAAAUCAAGUCGAAGGUGGAGCAGCCCCAGGACAUGGUGACAGGCAACCCAACGGUGGUGAGGCUGGUGGUGAGAUUCUAUCGUAACGGGAGGGGGCAGAGUGCCCUGCGGGAGAUCCUGGGCAAGGUGAUCCAGGAUGUGCUGGAGGACAAGAUGCUCAGCAUCCACACAGACCCUGUCCACCUCUACAAGAGCUGGAUCAACCAGACCGAGGCCCAGACAGGGCAGCGCAGCCACCUCCCCUAUGACAUCACCCCAGAGCAGGCCUUGAGCCACCCCGAGGUCCAGAGACGACUGGACAUCUCCCUCCGCAACCUCCUUGCCAUGACCGAUAAGUUCCUUGCAGCCAUCAUCUCAUCUGUGGACCAAAUUCCGUAUGGGAUGCGAUAUGUGGCCAAGGUCCUGAAGACAACUCUGGCAGAGAAGUUCCCCGACGCCACAGAGAAUGAGGUCUAUAAGGUCGUAGGGAACCUCCUGUACUACCGCUUCCUGAACCCGGCUGUAGUGGCCCCCGACGCCUUCGACAUUGUGGCCAUGGCAGCAGGCGGCGCCCUGGCCACCCCCCAGCGUCACGCCCUGGGGGCUGUGGCUCAACUCCUGCAGCACGCUGCAGCUGGCAAGGCCUUCUCCAGGGAGAGCCAGCACCUGCGGGUCUUGAAUGACUAUCUGGAGGAGACACACCUCAAGUUCAGGAGGUUCAUCUGCCGAGCCUGCCACGUGCCAGAGCCAGAAGAGCGCUUUGCGAUGGAUGAGUACUCAGACAUGGUGGCUGUGGCCAAACCUGUGGUGUACAUCACCGUGGGGGAGCUGGUCAACACGCACAGGCUGUUGCUAGAACACCAGGACUGGAUCGCCCCUGAUCACUGCGACCCCCUGCACGAGCUCCUGGAGGACCUUGGGGAGCUGCCCACCGUCCCUGACCUCAUCGGGGAAAACGUAGCUGCGGAUGGGAACGUGGAUCUGAGCAAGCUAGAAGUGUCCCUGACACUGACCAACAAGUUUGAAGGGCUAGAGACAGAUGCUGACGACACCAAUGCCCGGAGCCUGCUUCUGAGCACCAAGCAGAUGCUGGCUGACAUCAUGCAGGUCCACUCUGGGGAUUCCCUCAAGGAGAUCCUGUCCCUCUCGGCCUCCAGAGAGCAGGAAGCAGCCCACAAGCGGCUGAUGUGCCGACGCCAGGCCUGUGAAGCCCAGACCCCAGAGUCGCUGCGACGACACCGCUCGCUGACAGCCCACUCCCUCCUGCCGCUGGCAGAGAAGCAACGGCGUGUCCUGCGGAACCUGCGCCGACUCGAGGGCCUGGGUUUGGUCAGCGCCAGCGACAGCUACCAGGGGCUGGUAGAUGAACUGGCCAAGGACAUCCGCAACCAGCGCAGGCACCGGCAGCGGCGGAAGGCAGAGCUGGUGAAGCUCCAGGCCACGUUCCAGGCCCUGAGCACUAAGACCACCUUUUAUGAGGAGCAGGGCGACUACUACAGCCAGUACAUCCGGGCCUGCCUGGACCACCUGGCCCCCAGCUCCAAGAGUUCUGGGAAAGGGAAGAAGCAGCCAUCUCUCCAUUACACUGCUGCCCAGCUCCUGGAGAAGGGUGUCUUGGUGGAAAUUGAAGAUCUUCCCACCUCUCACUUCAGAAAUGUGAUCUUUGACAUCACCCCUGGAGAUGAGGCAGGAAAGUUCGAAGUAAAUGCCAGGUUCCUGGGUGUGGACAUGGAGCGAUUUCAGCUUCACUAUCAGGACCUCCUGCAGCUCCAGUACGAGGGUGUGGCUGUCAUGAAACUCUUCAACAAGGCCAAGGUCAACGUCAACCUUCUCAUCUUCCUCCUCAACAAGAAAUUCUUGCGGAAGUGACAGAGGCAGUGGGUGCUACCCAAGCCUUUCUUACCUCGCUGGAUGCUUUUCUUAACACUAAUGCACUAUUCCACUUCCCUGCAGACACCCAGAGCUCAGGACUGGGCAGGGCUCAAGGAGUCUCACCCUUUCCCCAGCUGGGGGGAGUUUGUCUACCUGGCCACAGGCAGGGACUCUAAUUGGCUCAAGCGAGCCCUGUCUCUGAGUCUGGCUGUGUGGCUGUGAAGUCCCAGAACCCCACGGUUUUCCAGCCAGAUGGUAGGGAAUGAACCUGGGCCUGCGCUUUGACCUGAGAAAGCUAUUGCUCUUGCGUCUGCUGCUGCCCUCCCAAUACCGUGAGCACUGCCCCAGCGGCCUGAUUUCCUGCUGCCUCCCUUCUCUUCGCAGACCCCAAAGCCAGGGCUAGGCUCCCUGUCCCCACUCCCACUUCAUCAGCAGUGUGUGUUCCUGCCCUGUUAAAGCCCAGGCCCCUCUGCUGCUGUGACGCCUCACCCCCUCCAGCCCGUCACCCUCACACCGGGUGGGAGGCGCUCGUGAAUGCCCACGUGGCGUUGUGACACGGUCGUCGUCCAAGGCGGCCUAGGCAAGAUGACCCUCCGUUAACCUCAAAUCUCAUUCCCUUGUUUACAGUCUGUUUUACAUGCGGGUCACUAGGGUAUUUAUUCUCUCCUACCCCUAUACUCUGUGCAGCCUUAAUCAUGGCUUUCUUUUUGAGCUCAGAGAAAGAGUUCCCAUUUCCCUGUUCAAACUAAUAUUCGUGCCAAUCUUUUAUACCUUGUAUGUAAAGUCACCUUGGGUCACUCGUGUUUAAGAUCUCAUUACUUCAGCUUCAUACGGUACAAAGAGCAGUCUUCCCCUUUUCUCUCUCACCCUCAGGAUUCUUGCACCUUAGAGCUGAGUCUUCCAGGCAGUUUCCAUAGAUCUGCCGUCUUGUCUCUGCCACUGUCUCUCUCUUAUCCCCACAUCAACCCAGCUUCCUGUCCCUGUGGCCCUUCUGAUUUCAUUUUAAUAAAAGCAGCUGUUACCCCCA